AUGGCGCAUCUGAUCAGGAUACCCGGUGCUUUGAAAAGCAUGGAGCAAUUCUCCCGUCCCUCAGGAGAGCCCGUCUGCGACUCUUCCAAUACGGUCUUUUUCGGCACCAACAUGUCGUUCGCGGGAAAUAAACCAGAGCACUUCGCGUAUCUCUUCGACAAGAACUACAAGGUCGUCAGCUCAGCAUCCGUAGCGCGGGAGCCAGAGCAGCGCGCAAAAGAGGCGCUUGAAUAUCUCGAGCAAAGAGUUGAUGUCAUCAUGGUUCAUCUGGACGUUGACUCUAUUGAUCCGGGGACGUUUCCGAUUGCAAACCUGCCAAACUACACGGGAGUGGCGUUUGAGGAGAUGAUGAGGGCGUUAAAGCACGAGCCCAGCUCACCACAGGAGCCAGCCACGAAGAAACCCCGCAUCAGCAUACACGAGGCUCACCUUAUUGUCACCCGAGAACCUCUCAAGCGACCAGUUUCUAUCAUGUCUGGCAGCACCACCGCAAAACUAGCCGUCCUCAUCGACGCGGAUAAUGCACAAGCCUCUAGAAUCGGGCUGCUGCUGGCAGAAGUCGCCAAGUAUGGCACCGCCCAUGUCAAACGGGCCUACGGUGACUGGACAGGCCCCGGCCUCACGGGCUGGAAGGAUCAACUUCUCAGGCAGUCAAUACAGCCAAUACAGCAAUUCGCAUACACCCAGGGCAAGAACUCGACCGACUCGGCCAUGAUAAUAGAUGCCAUGGACCUUUUAUACUCUGGCAAGCUCGAUGGCUUCUGUCUUGUCUCAAGCGAUAGCGACUUCACCCGGCUUGCCUCGCGCAUUCGGGAGUCUGGACUUGUUGUGUAUGGGUUUGGAGAGCGUAAGACGCCCAAACCAUUCGUUGCUGCAUGCGACAAAUUUGUCUACGUCGAGAACUUGGGCGUUGAGAAUUCGAUAUUUGACGAGGAACUCAGGCCACAACCGGACAAAGUCGAGGUCGCCCGGCAACGAGCUGCAGCUGAUCACGUCCAACACGAUUUCAACCUGGAGAGGGAGCUGCGGCGGGCUGUGGGGGCAACGUCUGACUAUGAUGGAUGGGCAAACCUGGCCAAGGUCGGUGCUUUCAUUACCAAGCAACAUCCAGACUUCGAUGCGCGCAGCUAUGGCUUCUUGAAGCUUGUCGAUUUGAUCUCCGCCACAUCCAUUUUCGACGUUGAAAGCCGCAGUCCGGGGCAAGGCAAAGCCCCGGUUAUUGAAGAAGCUAGACUAUCCCCAAGUCGCAUGACCUAA